GAAGACCGAGAGCUCUCUUGAAUUACAAUCGGAGUAAGAAUCGGUUCUCAAAAAUCUUCUUCUUCUUCUUCAAUUUGUCGCUUUGGAUCCCGCCUUUGAUUUUAUCUAUGGAUCUUGCAGAGUUUCACUCUUUUGGUCUUGAUAAAGAGUUCUUCAUGGAUUUUGAUUUCUGUUAACUUUGACUUCUCUGUUAUUUUCUGAUGAAUUUAUUGUGGAUUUUGAGUUUGAGAUCUCAUUGUUAUGAACUGUGUGGUCGGAUCUAAUUUAUUCCUUGCUAUUAUCGAAUUUCCGUUUUGAUUUUGCGUAUACUAGUAUGGAGGAAUGAGAAAUGGAUAGUUUCUAGUUCAAAAUACAUCGGAUUGUUGAUUGAAGUUGGAACGGUUCAUUGGAUCAACAGAUGGCUAUAAGAUGCUGUGUAGCGUUGAUUUUCAGAUGCGAAUACUGAAUGUUUUGAGUGUUUGUGCAUCCUAAAAAGUUAGAUUUGGUUGUGGUGUAGGCAGCAGCAAUGACCUAUUAGAGGAAGAUGAAGAAGAAGUGCCUUUGUGAUUCCAAUUAAUUUGCGAAAAUAGAUGUGUUGGAAGCUUUUACCAUCAUUAUAAAUGUUGAACAUAAGAGGCUGUUCUUUUAUCAGUUGAAGAUCAGAGGAUUAGAUCAAAAAGGACAGAGAUGUUCUCACUCUUUUAUGGACUUUGGAAGUACAUUUUUAGUAAGACUGAGUUUCAUGUGCUCAUUCUUGGAAUUGACAAGGCUGGGAAAACGACUUUGCUGGAGAAAUUGAAAUCAUUAUACUCAAAAUUGGAAGGUCUACCCCCUGAUAGAAUUGUUCCCACUGUGGGACUCAAUAUCGGACGUAUUGAGGUAGCAAAUACAAAGCUUGUGUUCUGGGAUCUAGGAGGUCAGCUGGGUCUUCGCUCAAUUUGGGAGAAAUAUUAUGAGGAAGCACAUGCUGUGAUAUAUGUAAUUGAUGCUGCAUGCCCCUCUCGUUUUGAAGAUUCAAAGUCUGCGCUUGAAAAGGUUCUUCGGCAUGAAGAUUUGCAAGGAGCUCCUCUUUUGAUAUUAGCAAAUAAACAGGAUCUUUCUGAAGCAGUGUCUGCUGAAGAAAUUGCACGAUAUUUAGAUCUUAAGAAAUUGGAUGAAAGGGUAUACAUGUUUGAAGCUGUUUCAGCUCAUGACGGGACGGGAAUUAAAGAAGGUUUAGAAUGGCUGGUGAGUGUAAUGGAGAGAAGCAAGAGAACUGAAAUGUUGAGAGUUCGUGCAGGUUUAACCGGCCCUGGUCCUUAGACGAAACCACAUCAAGUUGCAUUUAUCCUGCCUUGUUUUUGUAGCUUGUGUAAAUAAAUGAAGGUUUAAUUGGCUUCUACAUCGAUUAAUAGCUCAAUUUUUCACAUCUCUACCUAUUAUUUUAAAAACUUGGAUGGAACUUGUAUUUGGAACAAGUUUAUAAUCAUUAUCACAAGGGCAUUUGAUUUAUACAACAAAUUGUACAAGAUGUUAUUUUAUUGUUAAUGACUUCAUUAGCAAUUGAGUUUGUAGGAAAUAAUCGUCGCCCAUUAAACAUGAGUUUGCAAG